AUGGAGGGAGCUCCCGUGACAGCAGCCACCGGGGUCUUGGGGCCCGUCGUCGCGAAGCUGGGUGCUUUGCUGGGCAGCGAGUACAAGCUUCGGCGCCAGACUCGGAAGGACAUCAAGUUCAUCAAAUCCAAGCUCAAGCCGGUGCACGCUAUCCUUUGGGCAAUAUGGGGGAAGGAGACUCUUGAUGCGCAAUCCAAGGAGUUAAAGAAGGAAGCGCUGGAUCUCGCCAAUGAUAUGCACGACGCCAUCGACGACUUCAUCCUCACCAUGGAGCCCAGCCGCAGAAACAAGCACCUGAAGAUACAGAUCAAGAUCCAAGCAAGCCCCUUCCAAGAUUUCAGGACAAGAGUAAAUGAAGUGUCGGGCCGGUGCCACAGCAAUUGGAAGUGGGAGAAGAACAAGUCUGCUGAACCCAACUUUAGCUUGUUUUCAAGAAAAAAUGUCAAAUCCAGCCCCCCAAGCAAACUGCCUCCUCCUCGAGCUCCAUUUGUUCACAAGGAUGCGUCAGAACUUGUUGGUAUGGGAAAAUGGAGGGAUCAGCUCAUCAGAUACCUGCUAGGAGAAGAAGAGAGCACAAUGGUGCAGCCACAGCUCAAAAUGUCAUCCAUUGUUGGAAUGGCCGGUGUGGGGAAGACAACCCUUGCCAGCGUUGUGUAUAAGGAGAUUGGAAAUAAGUUCCAAUCCCGGGCUUUUGUGUCCGUCACUCCAACUCCCAACAUGAAGGAGGUUCUCACAAGCAUUCUCAAGCAAGUAGGAGCUGAACCCCUUGCUGGCACCGAAGCAAGGACAGAGGAAGGCCUUAUCCACACCAUAUCGAAUUUCCUAGAUGACAAAAGGUACCUAGUAAUAAUUGAAGACAUAUGGCAUCGUGAAGAAUGGGAGAUCAUCAGCAACUCUUUCCCACAAAAUAAUCUUGGCAGUAGAAUUGUCAUCACAACUUGUAUUGCUUCUGUACCAGGCGAUCGUUUUGGUACUAACAAGCUCUGCAUCAGAAUAAAUCCUAAACCUGGUCCUCUGCCAAGAUUUCAUCCUGAUUGGAGUAAGCUAAGAUGGCUAUACGGACCUGAUGGGGAGGAUGUCGCCACUAGGAUGAAGCCUGACAUGGUUGGAGAAGGUUUUGACGGUGACCAUCCUAUUGUGCGCAUGUGUGGUGGUGUCCCGUUAGCCCUACUUUGCAUGUUUUCAGCAAUGACAAUGGUCCGUCAGCAACAAGAAGAACUAGGGGUACAUGUAAAUGCACGUGAUGUGCAAGAUAUGAUUGAGAAGCAAGUUAAGCAAAAUGGAAUUCAGAACACUCCAGGGUUUGAACCGUUGGCAGAGAGUUUCCAGCUUGGCUACACCGAUCUUCCUCACCAUAUGUUGAAGACCUGCUUGUUGUACUGCAGUGUAUACCCUGAGAAUUACCCAUUUCACAUGAAUGAUUUGGUCAUGAGAUGGGUCGCUGAAGGAUUUACUUAUAAAGUGGAUGUAGCAAAAGGUUAUUUCGAAGAGCUUUGCAACAGGGGAUUUAUGCUGCGUUGGGAGCAUUCAUUGGGUAUGCCCACCUACCAAAUGAAUCCGACGAUGCGAAAUUUCCUUAGAUGGAAAUCGCGUGAAGAUAAUUUCAUUACUUGCAGUUCCGACAUCACACCGCCAUAUGCUUGUCGAAUCCAUCGGCUAUGUAUCGAUGAUUAUCUAGUUGAUGAAGGUGCGGUGGAGGUGGUGGAUACCUUGUUGGAACUGGAUUGGUCCCAGAUUCGGUCUCUUGUUGUUUUUGAAGGUGCUAAGAGAUAUGUCCCUUUUGAGAAGUUGGAACGUGUGCGGGUGUUGGAUCUUCAAUAUCACCACCAUCAGCUUGAAUUCCAAAGGUCUCGUUGGAAAUCUUUUGAGGAUUUUGGAUUCGAGGCCCUUGGAAGUCAGCAUGUGAAGGAUAUAUGUGGUGGCCUGCUCCGUGUGAGGCACCUAUUCGGCCUAGAAGGGACAGGAAUCAGUGAGAUACCAACGGAAAUAGCGAGGCUGCAACAUCUGGAGACUUUGCAGGUAAGAUUCACAUGGAUCACAGAGUUACCCUGUGAGAUAAGGGACCUACAGCAAUUGAAGACUCUGGCCGUGAGUUACAACUGUAAGUUGGCAAAGCUGCCAAGGGAGAUAGGGGAUCUGCAACAGUUAGAGACUCUGGACCUGAGCUGGACGAGGCUGACGGAGCUGCCACGUGAGAUCGGGAACCUCCAGAAUUUGGAGAAUCUGAACCUGCAGUGCACCGAGCUCAAAGAGCUGCCUCCGGAGGUUGGGAAGUUGCAGCAAUUGAAAACACUGGAGGUUGGGAGGUUGGGAAGUUGCAUCACAAGGCUAGGCAAUGAAAUUGGGGACCUGCAGCAUUUAGAGACCUUGGACCUGAGUUGGAACUAUGGGCUCACACAACUGCCUCGUGAGAUGUGGAAACUGCAGAAUUUGAAGCGGCUGCUCUUGAAUGCUACAGGGGUGGUGAAGGUACCAAGGGAAAUGGGAGGGCUCAAGAAGUUGGAGAUUUUGAAAUUAGACAAUCUUGAAGGGGGUGCACUACCCUGGGAAGCUGGCCAGCUCUCGAAACUGGAGGGAGUGCCUGAGUGCGUCUGCCAAGUCUGGAAGAAGUGUGGCCUUGUGUCUGAGUUAGCCGGGCUGAUGUUGUCCAUUCGACUGGUUAAUGGGGUCACCGAUAGCGGGGGCCUAAUCGUUGGCACAAAACACAUGCACAUUCCAUGGUGGAUCAAGGAUCACUUUAAUGACAUUACCUCCUUGGAUAUCAGGAUCUGCAAACUAGAGGAGGAGCAGGAUCUCAAGAUUCUGCGGGAGAUGCCUAACCUGUGUGAACUGACGAUAAGGCUUGAGGUCGUCCCGAGAGAUCCCAUAGCCAUCAGCGGUGAAGGGUUCCCAAGCCUCAGGGAACUCGUUGUUGACAGCCGCUGUGUGCCACGGUUUACCUUCCAGGAAGGAGCGAUGCCGAGGCUGUACAAAGUCUGCUUCAAGUUCAAGUUCUACGGUGGCCCACCUGCAAAUAAAGGCCCUCUGGGUCUGGGUAUCAAGCACCUCCGGAGCCUCGGGUGGGUCGAGUUUAGAUGCAACGAGGAAUGGUAUGGAGGAGCAGCAGAGAGCAGCCCGUGCAUGAGCGCCAUGAUCGACGUGGUGAGGAAAGAAGCCCAGGAGCAUCCCAACCAGAUGAAGUUUGAUGUCUCUGGCCACGAGGAGGAGUGGUUUCCAGCGAACAAGAGCACACACACACAGGUUCCAGAAGCUACCAGCAGUGGGGUGGGGGAGAUCGACAAGGAGCGUGAUUGAUUUCCUGCCGAGUAUUGUAUUGGCACGACCAAGGUUAUUCCGGCCGUCAUUACUAGCGUACCUGAUGAAUCUGCAAGCAUCUUCAACCGUGACUAUUAUAUUCUCCUUCAGGCUUCCUUCCUUGAAAUCUUCCAUCCCAAAAUCAAAUGUGGGCACAAGAUUUUAGCACACAAAUUAAGUGGGAACAAACUGCCUUAUGCUAUCCUGCUGCACGCACGCUCGCAGUUUAG